GUUAGUUCUUUUAAUCCGGCCGUGCUGUGGCUGGAUUGAAGAAAGCUAGGCUAAUACACGUUACACGUGGUACCUUUAAGCUCGUCCAAUCGUCGAUGCACAACUAUAGAUAUUAGGUCAUCCUAUAAGCUCGUGCCGACUUUUGUGUAUACAUUUCAUGUAUCGAUUUAUAAACAUACAGCGAUAAGGGACCAAUGCACUUGAAAAAUGGGAAGAAGUUGUACAACGAGAGGGAGAUUACAUUUUUUCAAGAAACUAAAAGAUUGGCAGCAGAAGUGAAAGUUACACCUUUUCCUUAAUAUUCCAAGAUGAUAGACAAAUUUAAUCACGUGGCGCUAACCGUACCUAAUUACUCGUAUACCUUCAAUUUUGAGAAAAACUUUGUUUACUCGGAUGCUCUUACGACAAUUACGAACCAUUAUCCGAACUGUUUCUACUAUUCUGCCAUUUAUGUCAUCCUAAUUUUUACUGGAAAGUAUUACAUGUCAAGUAGGCCGAAAUUGGAACUGAGAGGUGCGCUUGCCUUAUGGAAUAUAUUACUUGCGGUAUUUUCCAUUUUUGGAUUUCUUAGAAUGUCGUCGGAAAUGUAUCACGUAUUAAGCUAUUAUGGGUUCUACCAUAGUGUUUGUGUACCUAGCUUCCUUACGCAAGAUCCCGUUACUGCAUUUUGGUCACUGUUGUUCAUCCUAUCAAAGAUCGUGGAGUUCGGCGACACAGCUUUUAUUGUACUACGAAAACAGCCGUUGAUGUUUCUACAUUGGUACCACCAUAUAACAGUCUUUCUUUACGCAUGGCUAUGUUUUAUAGAGACUACAGCAUACGCCAGAUGGAACGCUGUAGUAAACUUUUUCGUUCACUCCUGGAUGUAUUCUUAUUAUGCUCUGAAAGCAACGCGCUUCGAUCCACCAAAAUGGAUCGCCAUGAUGAUCACUACGUUACAGACAGUACAAAUGAUUUGGGGUUGCUUCAUAACUAUUAUGGCUUACAGCUAUGUAAAAAGCGGCCAAGUCGAAUGCCACGUUAAGCUCCAAAACGCGAAAAUUGGUCUGCUGAUAUACUUGAGCUAUUUCAUUCUCUUCGGCAGAUUCUUCAAACAGGCUUACAUGUCUAACAAACAUGGAAAGAAAGUCGGAAGGAAGAGUGAUACUAAUGACAAGCUCAUCAAGGUUAAUUGAAGCACGUACAAAUUUCUGAAAACCUUUUCUGAGGAUACACACAAGUGACGUCUCUCGUAAAUAUUUUAUCAGAAUUAUUUUACAAGUACAUACAUUUACAUUUAUGCAUAUGCAUUUCAAGAAAUGUAAUAAAUUUUUCAAGUCUUUGUUAAUAAGUGGUCGUGAAAGUUGGUUGCGGUAGGAUGAAAAUCAUGAGUAAAAUAAUAUAACAUCAAUUGUUGUACAUUGAAUUUAGCAAUAAAUUUCAUGGCAACUCGCUUAGUACGAGUACAUGAAUUAAUAAAAAUAUUUUUAAGGAGA